AAAUAGGUUUUAUUUUCAGGUUAACUUAGUAAUUCAUGAUAAAGCAUCAAUGUAAAUUAUAUAUUUUAAACAACCUAUAAAAGCCACUGGCAUGCAAAACUUACUACCAGUAUUAUUUUACUAGUUAUUCAAACAAUUAACUAAUUUAUAUUAAGAAAAAACUAAUUAUGAAGCUUAUUCUACUAACCCUAGCACUGGUAUGUCUGGUGGGCGCCCACCGACACAUACCCAAAGAGGAGGUGGAGAAAGAAUUCAAGUCAUUUAAGGACAAAUUUACCGUCGAAUACGACACCGCAGAGGAGGACGCGAAACGUCUGGCAAUAUUCGAUGAGAAUUAUCGGGGAAUUGUCGCACAUAAUGAGGACGCGGAUCAGGGCUUCAAUUCGCAUCGCCUGCGCGUCAAUCCGUUCGCCGAUCUGACGAACGAGGAGUUUAACGCACAGAUGAAGGGCUAUCGC